UAUAAAACAGCAACCAUAUUUAUUAAAUGAAUUUAAGAAGGUGGUGGAACAUGCAGAGCUGAUUACGCUCAUAUUUUGCCUGUGAAGACUAAAAUAUUGUCCUGCUACUGAUUUCUUACUCCUUCUGACUCCUUUUAUUCUUGCUGUUAUUUGAGCCAUCUGGUUUGUGUUAAUAAUUACUAAUCUGUAAACAACUAAUUCAGGUGUCACUGCAAGUAGUGCACCUACUGUUACCCAUGGGCUGCUGUACAAGUCUCCGACAGCAUAAAUGCUUCUGCUAUUCUACAUGCACUACUGUUUAACAGAACUUAACAAUUAACGGUUCGCAGAUAAGAAUAAAAGUCACAGCCAUGCUAGCUGGCUCUGUUAGGCUAUACUUUGACACAGCUAAAUGCUAAUGUUAUGCCUGUUUCACACUACAUGACAUUUUUGUCCAUUCCAACAGUCACUGUGUCAGACAACGCGAUAGUGAAGUCAUAAAAUCAUGCCGUGACUUGGCCGACAGACAUGACAGACUACACGAUGGUCCACACCAACCAUCCCCAGUCGUCUUUCACAAUGUGCAUGAUGUCAUCGGUUUGUUUUUAUUAUUUUUUACUAUUAUUUCAGUCACUGUGUCUGUUCAUGUCCGAGCCGAAAUGUUACUGUAGUAAUGUAAAAAAUGCCUGCAGAUGGCAGGAGCAAUAAGUUCCAUAAUUAAUUGGCCCCCAAAAAAUUAAAAAAAAACAAACAAAAAACAACAUUUUAAUGGAAAAUUACAACUAACCAAUAAAGGAAUAAUAAAUAGGGCUACUCAAGGGUUAGAAAAGAGUCCCAGGACAAGGUUUAAUUCCCAUUUCUACACAGGUUAACGUUAGGAAAAAAGCAAAAGGUUAGGAGAGGGUGAGAUAUCCAUAGCAACUAACUAUUUCAAACUCCAAACAUUUUAAAGUUAGGACAAAAGACGUGAAAGGGGGGUCUGAAACAUAUUAAUAUGCAGAGAAAGCCAAAGAUAUUUAAGGGACAGAGAGGGACAAAUGUGGCGUCAGUCAUCGUCUACUAAGACACACUACACGAGAUGAAACGAUGGAUUACCGCAUACAACACUCAUAGUUGUUCACGAUCCAAGCCACCACUGUACGACACUGCGUCGGGCUAUAAUCGGGCAGAUAUUGUGUAGUGUGUACCCAGCAUUAACAUGCUAACAUGCACACAAUGGCAAUUUCAACAUGCUGAUGUUUAGCAGGUAUAACUUUUAACAUGAACGCCAUCUUAGUAUCACAUUUCAUGAUGCUAGCAUUCGCUAAUUAGCACUAAACACAAACGUAGAGCUGAGGAUUAUCGGAGUUCACAGGUUCAAAGUACUGAACAAACUGACCUGAUGAUGGAACAAAAGAAAAAGUCACAAGAUCAUCAUACUUCCUACAUUUUAUCCUGAGGGGAGCACAAAUGUUGCUGUGUGUGUAGCUGUGCAAAUUAUAACUGUUGUCUGUCAGAAACAAAGGAGAGUAGAGCAAUGUUGUUACAGUGCUGCAAAAGAAUAUGGGGAGGAGUUCAGGAUGACUGGAUGCAUGGUCAACAAACUCUGAAUUUCAAGUAAGGGUGCAGCGAAUAAUCGACAGUCAAAAAUCAAUGAGCAAAUUAGUUGCCAAUGACUUUAAUUAUUAAUCAGCUGGUGACGUCAUCAGCUAUAAUGUGAGUCACUGCCCGAUAGCGAUAGUGACACCGCUUACUGCGAUGGCAACACCUUCAUGACCAAAAAUCCCCCAAAUCUUGGGAGCAUGAUACAAACAAAGGUUGUGAGCUCUUACAUUUGCAAAGCUGACCUUGUCUGGCAUGGAAGGACAUUAGUUAUGCUGGAGCACCUGAAGGGGAGACACACUGGCUCUCUGGAUGAUAAAGACUUGUCUCGUAAGCUUGUUAGCUAGCUAGCUAAUGGUAAAAGCCAUAAUUUGGAGGAAUUAAACACCGGCUGCAACCCACAUCAGUGGUCAAGUGUCCAAUAGUUGUUGAGGCAUUUCAGCCUGGACCAAAGUGGUGAACUGACUGACCGACCAAACCAACAACAUGACCAUCCCUAAGGGGAAGAAAACAAAGAAUACCUGGGGAAUAAGCGUGUCUGAAAGGUGCAUUGGUUUAAACUUCAAACUUUGUGCUACAAAUGGACUGCUUCGUAGCUUAUGUAUUAAAUCAGGUAAUUAAAAAAGCUCCUCAUAAAAAUAAGGGUCAAAAACUCUCUCUAGAGAGAAAGUGAAUUUCUAUCUAUGACUGAAAGAAAGGUGGUAGGUCAACAAAAGGAUGUAAAGGGGCCCCUUGAGUUGUGCAUACAUGGCCCAUGAAUCAGUUUUGCAUGAUAAGCUUGUUAAGUACCUUGAAAAGAUAACCAGUAAACUCAAGAGUGAGGGGAAAAAAAGGACUGUCAUCAACCCUUGUGCCCCACUCCACUCUUUAAAGACGCGUCUCUUCUUAGACAUUCUCAGAGUGGAGCUGCUUUAACAGACCCAGCAUCUUAUUUCUGACACUAGAUAACCACCAGAGAUGGCAAAUGUAGACGGACUCAUUGAGCACAUAGGAGACUUUGGGCCUUUCCAGAAGAAGAUCGUUACACUUGGUUCAUUUCCGUUGAUACUUUUUGCUUUUGUACUCGUCGGGGCGGUUUUCUUAGGGUACACUCCAGAUCAUUGGUGUUGGAGUCCUGGCUCUGAGUUCCUCCGGGAGGAAUGUGACUGGACAGAGGUCGAAGUGUGGGAAGUCACUGUUCCCCGCUCUGAACAGUCAGGAUCCUUCAGCCGCUGUGAGAGGUUUGCAGUGGACUGGAGCAAAAGCCACAGCAAAUGUAAUGAACUUGACUGGAUGCUGAGUUCUAAUGUAACCCAAUUGGCGCCGUGUGACAGCAGAUGGGUGUUUGAUAAAAGCCGCAGCACUAUUGUCUCUGAGUUCUCUUUGGUCUGUGAGAAGUCCUGGCUCGCUGAUCUGAAUCAGGUUUUCCUGGCAUGUGGAUUUUUUAUUGGAGCUUUUGUCACUGGCUACUUGGCUGACAGGUUUGGUAGAAAGCCAUGUUUCAUUGCAUCGAUGGUUGGCCUUGGUAUCUCAGGUAUAGCGGUAAUGCUGUCUCCAUGGUACCCGCUGCUGCUUGUCUUUCGAUUUCUACAAGGGUUUUGUGGAAAGGGAGCAUGGACAGCCAGCUAUGUACUCGUGAUUGAGUUCUUUGGAUCAAAAAACAGAAAAUUUGUAUCCACCGUGAGUCGGACUUUCUACAGCACCGGCAUGGUCAUUCUGCCUGGUCUGGCUUACUUCCUGUCCUCCUGGAGAACUCUGCAGCUGGUCAUGAGUCUGCCCUGCCUCCUGUUUAUCUUAUACUACUGGAUUGUUCCUGAAUCUCCACGUUGGCUGUUCUCACAAAAAAGAACCACAGAGGCGAUGAGAGUUGCUGCGGACAUUGCAAAAUGCAACGAGAGAUCUUUACCAAAUAAUCUUCCAGAGAUAAUUCUUUUGGAGGAAAAGAAAGAAGUAAAUCCUGUAUCUAUAAUGGAUUUGUUUAGGACACCAAGUAUAAGAAGAAACACUCUCAUUUUAACAUAUGCCUGGUUUACAAGUACUGUUGUGUUUCAAGGCCUAGUCUUACGGCUGGGGAUCACAGGCAGCGACUUCUUCUUGGAUUUCUUUAUCUCUGCUGUGGUGGAGCUUCCCACCGGCCUCAUCUUCUACCUGCUGGUCGACAGAGUCGGUCGACGCUCCCUCAUGGCCAUCACCAACUUCAGCGGUGGCAUCGCCUGCCUCGUAGUCCCAUUUCUCUCAACUGAUUUUAUCUGGUUGAAAAAGACGAUAGCGAUCAUCGGGAGGCUCGCUGUUGCCAUUGGAUUUGAGACCUUGAACUUUGCAAACACAGAGAUGUAUCCGACAUCUCUCAGAAAUUUGGGUGUGUCAGUGUGCUCAUCAGCAGGUGACAUCGGAGCAAUUGUGGCCCCAUUUCUGCUCUACAGACUGGCCAGUAUCUGGCAGGAGCUGCCUCUUUUUCUUUAUGGUGCGAUGUCGGUGUUGUACAGUGGACUGGUGAUGAGACUGCCUGAGACGAAUGGAGUCGCGCUGCCAGAGACCAUAGAGGAUGUGGAGAAUCUAAGAAGGGGGAAAGACAAGUCAAAGGAUGCAGACAGCUUUAUUGUAUGAUAGAAGCUGUGAUGACCUGGAACAUUACUGGUUUAUUUUCUAGAUAUGUGCUGCGUUUACAAAACGAUGUCCCAGUGUAAAGUACUGUGAGAUGUACUACAGUGGUUGCUAUCGCAGGCUUGUGUUACAUUAGAUUUUCUGAGGCUCUAAAUGUGUUAACUAGAGCCUUGAUGAAACACAGAAGGUGUUAGAAGAUCUAAUGAAGGAUCCAUAUCUUUGCAACCUCACACCUUCAAACUGCAAAUUUUUCACAGUGAAAUUAUGCUUAAAUAUAAAGAGGUGGAAGUCUUAGAUGUGGAUGUUUUAUAGAACAGCAGGAGCAUUGUUUUGGUCCGUUUUCUUGCAUUGUACAGGGCUCCAGAGUGCAGCCAUUUUGGUUGCAUACCUGUCAAGUAAGUCACACAGGUGUGCAUGACAUGUAUUACAUUUCUAAACGUGAUAUAGAACCAAAGUUCACGAGCGGAAGUUCUCAAAGAUCAGGUGCUGGAACAUUUCAGAUAAAAUCAUCAACAUAUAUAUAUUUAAUAAGUCAUGUAUAUUUAGCACACCUGUGAGUGCUCAUGUGAUUCUGUUGCGCGAACCUGAAGAAGCCAUGGGCAAAACAAGUUGUUCGCUCUUAAUAGAGCACUCAGAUCCUCACACCAGCAGCUUCUGGCUAUGCCUCGAUUGAGGCUAAAGGGCAAAGGGGAUGGUGCGUUUGCUGUGGCUGCACCCAAACUUUGGAACAGUCUACCUCUCUCCAUUAAGGAUUCCCCAUCUGUGGACACUUUUAAGGCUAGACUUAAGACCCACUUUUACUCUAAAGCUUUUGAGCGCUCCU